CCUCGGCGCAGCGCUGSCACGGCCGCAGUUGCGCCGCAGAGGUGACCUCGAGUAGCCGGAGCCGCUGCUGCUGCCGCAGACAUGGGUGAACCUGUCAGAGUGCUGGUGACUGGAGCUGCUGGGCAGAUCGCUUACUCGCUGCUCUACAGCAUUGCCAAGGGCGAUGUCUUCGGCAAGGACCAGCCUCUUAUUCUUGUGCUCCUGGACAUCACUCCUAUGAUGACGGUAUUGGAAGGUGUGGUGAUGGAGCUGCAGGACUGUGCUCUGCCGCUGCUCAGAGAGGUCAUUCCAACAGACAAGGAGGAAGUUGCAUUCAAAGACCUUGACAUAGCAAUUCUGGUUGGCUCCAUGCCRAGGAGAGAGGGCAUGGAGAGGAAGGAUCUACUCAAAGCAAAUGUGAAAAUUUUCAAGUCUCAGGGUGCAGCCUUGGACAAGUAUGCCAAAAAGACUGUCAAGGUUGUGGUUGUUGGGAAUCCAGCAAAUACCAACUGCCUGAUUGCAUCAAAGUCCGCCCCAUCCAUACCAAAGGAAAAUUUCAGCUGCUUAACUCGUUUGGAUCACAACAGAGCCAAAUCUCAGAUUGCACUGAAACUUGGUGUGACUGCUAAUGAUGUGAAGAAUGUCAUCAUCUGGGGCAACCACUCCUCCACUCAGUACCCAGAUGUUAACCAUGCAAAGGUAAACCUGAAAGGAAAGGAAGUUGGAGUCUAUGAAGCUAUAAAAGAUGACAGCUGGCUGAAGGGAGACUUUAUCCUGACUGUUCAGCAACGUGGAGCAGCUGUUAUUAAGGCCAGGAAGCUGUCCAGUGCCAUGUCAGCUGCCAAAGCUAUCUGUGAUCAUGUGAGGGACAUCUGGUUUGGCACUCCAGCGGGGGAAUUUGUUUCGAUGGGAGUAAUUUCUGAUGGCAAUUCUUAUGGUGUUCCUGAAGACUUGCUGUAUUCAUUCCCUGUUGUGAUUAAGGACAAGACCUGGAAGUUUGUUGAGGGUCUUCCUAUUAAUGAUUUUUCUCGUGAGAAGAUGGAUCUUACUGCCAAGGAGUUAGCUGAAGAGAAGGAGACUGCUGUGGAAUUCCUCUCCAGUGCAUGACUAGGUCAGGAAGAAAUACAAAAUUGUGUAAGAGUGGAAGAAUCAAAAAGCCGUCUGUAGGUCUUCUACCAAACACUACUACUGUAUCCAAGUCAACUGUUUGUGGCCAUUGUGCAUUUUAAAUUUCAUAUGCUUACUGGUACUGUGGUGCCUCUUGAGUUAUUAGMAAAAUAUUAUUAAAGAAGUAAAACUAGUUUGUUGACCAAACUUUUUGUCUGUUCAAUACUAGUUGCUUUUUGUGUAUGGUACAGGAUAAUUGUUYGCCUCGGCUACUAACGCACAAUCUGAGUUUUGAUUAGAAUUUGGCACUACUGGAGCACGUCCUAGUUYGUGAUCACUUCAGCAUCCUAUGUCUCAACUGAAAAUGAAGUUAGAAUGCCAGCAAUUCUCCUUGAACCGGUAGUUCAGUGACUCAAAUCUAUCACYGGACAGAUUUCAAGUAUACACAGUUCACUCUGGUUAUGCUUACAAUGUUUGUCAAUAGAAAUAUUAAAAGUUGCUYAAUCAGAUAAUGGCUAAGAGUAGUCUGUUGCACUUCAUUUGCAUGUUUUAGUUGCGUAACUAACAGUUUGAUUGUACAAGAUUAAAAAAAACCCUGAAAGCCUAUUUUAAGAAACUGAGGGAAACUAGUUUUAAGAAACUUUAUUGAUGACUAGCAUUUCCCUUUGCCUUAGUUGUUGUCUGUCCUGUUCUAUUAGUAGUUUCUGCCUUAUACUAAAGUAAAUCUUGGUCUGUCAUA